UAAGAUAACAAUUAAAAAUUUAAUACUCUGAAAGUGACACUAUGACGUCAUUUCCAGUUCAUAUUCGCCAUUUUGUUGAACGAGAGAAAGAAGUUAUUAUUGCACAUUUGUAAUCAUCAAAACAAGAUUAUAGUUACUUUAUAUAUAAUAAAAAAGAUAAAUUUCCCACCAUGAACCAAGAAAAAGUAAACAAGUUGAAAAUGAGUGCUGGGCAAGUAAGGAUAGGCGGAAAGGGAAGCGCCAGAAGAAAACGAAAGGUAGUACACAAAACAGCCACAACAGAUGAUAAAAAACUACAAGCAACACUGAAAAAACUACAAACGAACAGUAUACCAGGCAUUGAAGAAGUAAAUAUGAUCAGGGAUGACGGGACAGUGAUUCACUUCAACAACCCAAAAGUUCAAGCGUCCUUAGCUGCUAACACAUUUGCCAUCACCGGCCAUGGAGAAAUAAAAAAAUUAACAGAUAUGUUGCCAGGCAUCUUAACUCAAUUGGGUGUUGAUAGCACUGCCACUCUGAAGAGCUUGGCUGAUAAUCUGCCCGGAGGCCAGGAAUCUGCGCCCUUGGCCACAAGAUCCGAUGAGAUAGAUGAAGAUGAUGAAGAUGUUCCAGAUUUGGUUGAAAAUUUUGACGCACCAUCUAAGGAAGAGGCCUAGGUUGAUGUAAUGAUGAAGUGCCGCUCAUUCCCGCCAUAAACUUCUGAAGCUCUCUCUCGCCAACUUGUACACAUUUUCAUGGCCGUAGAAACUGCACUAAGCCAAAGCAUUAUGGGAGCAGCUUCGGACCCCCAAGUAGGGUAUGAAACCACUGAUUAAAAAAAAAAGCCACCAACCAAAACGCUAUUUAAUUGAAGGCAUAUAUAUUAUAAACAUUCUUAUGUACUCAUGAAAUGAACAGAAAUUUUGGAGGUACUUUCAUUGAAUGUGUGCAACCCCGAAGGACGGUGUAGCAGAAAAACAAGCAGUUCAUCAGCGUGUGCUGCAAGUACUCAUAUGGCUACCGAAUCUAUAGGUGUACCCGUAUAUUCAAUGUGUUAAAUUAAGAUCUUGAUAAAGAUUUCAGUCCAUUUUGUUUGCUUUGAUAUUUGGCCGAAAAAAUUGUGGAUAUUUGAUACCGUCUCAACAAAAACAUUGUAUUUAAAAAAUGGCAUUAUCAUUCACAAAAAAGUUAUGUUUUCCAAUUUUUUUUAUGAGAGGUCUCUGUUGUUGAUUAAUGCAAUAUGUUGUUGUACCAACUGUGUACAGAUAAGAAUAGCUAAUUCUUCCAGCAUGUUUUCAGUUUAUAGAAAUUAGUUGAGUGUGAAAAAACUUUGAUUUGCAAACAAGAAAAACAAUGCACAAAUCACGUCAUGAUCAAAUCAAAUAUGAAAACUUGCGUUAUUUUUACCACAUGUACAGUAAAGUAACGUUUUUCCAUUAUAAAUUAUUCCAGAAAACCAGGAGUUUGUAAAACAGUUUUGCUUAUGUGUUUGUACAGGCAGCAAAACAUUAAUUGGCUGUUCAUAUGUGACCAUUACUGUGUUUUUAAUACAUAGACCUGGAAUAUCAGUAUUUAAAUGCAGCAUUGUAACUGAAAAAAAAAUGUAUUACAAUUGCUGAUUUCAUCCUUUUGAAUGUUAUGUUUGUUACUGCAAGUUGCUUGAUAACAAUUCAUUACAAAAACGUGAGAUGCGCAGAUUCAAAAAAAAAAAAACACCUUAAUAUCUUGGACAUAAUUUUGAAGACUACAAACCUAGGGGAGGGUACAAAGCUGAAAAGUUUAUGGUACUCUAGGUAUGAUCUAGUUUUUAAAAAAUAAAUUAUAAUUCACAAAUAUUAUUGUAAAUCUGAAAUAAAAUUACAUUGUUACUAUUA